AACAGCAAAAUGAACGUUUUACUAAUUGCUUUAAUAAUAUUGCAUUAUGCUGCGAAUAUCGGCAGUGAAGUCUUAAUGGCAAGCAGUUCGAACCUUAUAUUAAGUAAUAUUAAAACUCGCGAGGAUUGGAUCAAUGCAGCUAAGGACUACAUAAGUAAUCAUAAGCCUUAUAAUGUCAAGAAAUAUAAGCCAUACAGCCCAACUAAAGAGAUAACUACAGUGAAGCCUAAUGUGGAAACUAUUGAAUCAACGACAACUACAGCAAUUAUAGAAUCUACUACUAUUUAUUCAACUACCAAUGGAUACACUAGCACCACUGAACUGCCGGAAGUGUCAACACUCCUGCUGAAUAUAAUAGGAGUUCCGACAGCAUUUGAAUAUACUACUACGCCGUAUGAAAGCAGGCCGGAAAUUACUGAGUAUAGCUAUUAUAGCACUACAAGCGAGCUACCAGCACUCAUAAACAGCACUGAAGCAACUACUCCCAUGGAAAGCACAUCUGAAAUAUGGGAUUCUACAACUGAAUUAUAUACCACAACUAAUUCAGUGCCAGUGGACUCUGUCACAGCAAUAACAACAGCUAAUCAAGAAACUACAACCGUUUCAUGGAGCUCAACAACUGAAAUACCUUUUAACAUAGAUGGUAUUACCACGCCUAUAUCUGAAAAUAGAGAUUCUACAACCGAAUCCAAUGAAGCAAGAGAAACUACAACUGAAUUUCUGAAUAUGGAGCCAAAUAUGUUAACAUCUGCAUUCGAAACAACAACAUCGAUAUGGCCAGAAAGCACCACAGAUACAUCCCAAACGACCACUGAGGAACCGUUCUUUGAGUAUGAAACCACUACAACUAAAACUUUAAUUGAAGAUGAAACAACUCCAGCAGAAGUAAUUUUAACAACAACUGGCAGAAAUUUCAUACUAAUUGGGGAUAAUGUAAAACCUAAGUCUAGAAAGUAUACAUAUUCGUCAGAUGUAAUGCCAGAGGAUGAUGAUUGGCUAUAA